AUGUUUGAACUGCUUCAGCCGGUCAAGUGUCUUCUGUCACGGGAGCCAGUUAUUAUUGACAAUAUCGUAUUUAGGUUACACUCACGGGUGACUGUUGUCAUCCUCGUCACCUGCUCCAUCAUCAUUUCAGCCAAGCAGUAUGUUGGCGAGCCCAUCUCGUGUAUAACGGACGCAUCAAUCGAUAAGGAGCCAGUUAAUGCAUACUGCUGGAUAUACAGUACAUUUACGGUUUCGAGACACUUGCGGGGCAUUCCAGGACGCAAUGUUGCCAGUCCCGGUGUUGGUCCAGCACUUGAGAACGACGAGAUACACCAUCAUCGCUAUUACCAAUGGGUUUGUUUCGUUCUUGGUCUCCAAGCAAUAAUCUUUUAUACACCGAGGGCACUGUGGGGUGUCUGGGAGCGUGGCACUGUCGCACUACUCACCCGAGAUCUCACCUCACCCUUUCUGAGAGAUGUCUGGAGUCAGGAGAGAAGAGAACAGCUUGUGGAAUACUUUGCAUCGACACAUUUACAUACCCAUAACUUUUAUGCAUUGUGUUAUCUCUUCUGCGAGGCACUCAACUUUCUCAAUGUGAUCGCCCAGAUAUAUCUCCUGGAUGCCUUCCUGGAGGGUCAAUUUACUCGUUAUGGACCGGCAGUUGCUGCAUUUGGAAUGGAAACAAAGCCCUUUGAGAGAGUCGAUCCCAUGUCUCGUCUAUUUCCCAAAGUAACUAAAUGUACAAUCCAUACAUUUGGCUCCUCAGGCUCCCAACAGACUCACGAUGCACUCUGCGUACUACCACUUAAUGUUGUGAAUGAGAAAACUUUUGUCUUUGUGUGGUUCUGGCUUGUAUUUCUCGCUUGUAUUGGUAGCCUUAAUCUCCUGUACAGAAUCAUCCUCUUCGCCCAUUACAAAACACGUAUUUAUAUUUUACGUGCUAACACACGUAUUUUAACAAAUGCACAAGUUGAGGCUGUUGUUGGAGGAUUGAAUUUUGGUGAUUGGUUCCUACUUCAUCAACUUGCCCAGAAUGUCAAUCCCAUUGUCUACAGAGAACUCGUCAGUGAACUUGCCACCAAGUUCUCGUACAAAUAUUAUCCGACUGUCGUGUAA